AUGAGCAUAGUUGUUGAAGUUGCGGUAGCUCUUGGAGCUGUUUUGGGAUUCAUGGACCUAUCUCCUCAUUUCUACUUUGGUAAUAUCCACAAAUCAAGACCCUUUUACUCCAACAACAAACACAACUCAAACAACAACAGAGAUGAACAUGUUCCUGUUCCUGUUCCUGUUUCAAUAUCUCAUUGCUGGACUUCAAAUUUGUUCCUCAUAUUCACAAGUUGGAGAAAACAAUACGGUUCAAUAUAUUUGUUUUCUUCUGGGAGUAUACAAUGGUUAAUGGUGGCAGAUAUGGAGAUGGUGAAAGAAAUCCUCUUAAACACCUCUUUGAAUCUAGGGAAGCCUUCUUAUCUUUCCAAAGAUAUGGGACCACUCUUAGGCCAAGAUAAGGUGAAGGCAAUGGUUGAUCAAAUAGUUGACUCAACAAACAUAAUGCUGAGAUCUUGGGAGAGUAGAAUAGAACGAGAUGGAGAAGUUUCGGAGAUUAAAGUUGAUGAAAAUCUGCGAAGCUUAUCAGCUGACAUAAUCUCUAGAGCUUGUUUUGGGAGCAAUUAUGCACAAGGAAAGGAAAUAUUCACCAAGAUUAGAGAUCUUCAAAACCUACUCUCCAAGAUAUCUGUUGGAGUUCCGGGGUUUAGAUAUUUUCCAAACAAGAGCAAUAGACAGAUAUGGAAAUUAGAGAAAGAGAUCAACUCAAAUAUAUCAAAGCUCGUCAAACAAUGCCAAGACGAAGGUCACGAGCAAGAUCUCUUGCAAAUGAUACUCGAGGGUGCAAAGAAUUGUGAUGACCUCUUAUCAAGUUCAAUCUCGCAAGAUAGGUUCAUUAUCGAUAACUGCAAAAAUAUAUUCUUUGCUGGACAUGAAACUACUGCCGUUACUGCAUCAUGGUGCUUAAUGUUGUUAGCUACAUACCAAGAUUGGCAAGACCGUGCUCGUGCAGAGGUGCUUGAAGUUUGCAGAAAUUGUAAUCUAGAUGCAAGUAUGCUUAGAAGCAUGAAAACGUUAACCACGGUGAUUCAAGAGACAUUGAGGCUUUAUCCACCAGCAGCUUUUGUUGUCAGAACAGUUUUCCAAGAUAUUAACAUAAAAGGAAUCAAAAUUCCAAAAGGAAUGAAUAUUCAGAUUCCAAUCUCAAUAUUGCAGCAAGACAUCGGACUUUGGGGUUCCGAUGCCUACAAGUUCAACCCCGAAAGAUUUGCGAAUGGCGUGCUUGGAGCCUGCAAGAUUCCACAGGCUUAUAUGCCGUUUGGAAUCGGUGCCCGUGUUUGUGCUGGACAGCAUUUUGCUAUGAUGGAAUUGAAGGUGGUUUUGUCUCUUGUCCUGUCAAAGUUUCGGUUCUCUCUUUCGUCAAGUUACUGUCAUUCACCGGCGUUUCGUUUGGUUAUAGAACCUGGUGAGGGAGUUGUUCUCAACAUGACAAGAAUUUAA